CCGGUGCAGUCUCAGCAGGAGUGGGACCCUGAGGCUUGAGAAACAGGCUUUUCUUUGGUCCGGAACUCCCCGGCGUUCAGCGCUUCCCCCCAUAACCGGACACCGAUUAUUCGGACUCUUUGCCUCAGACCCAGGAGUCAUAGAUGCCAGGAAGUAUGGCCCCCAUCAAGAAGCUUCGAAAUACCACAAAGUUGCCCCUGGCUUUAAACCCCCUGAAGAGCAAGGACGUGUUGGCAGUGCUGGCUGAGAGGAACCAGGCUAUAGUACCCGUUGGGGCAUGGGUGGAGCCUGCCCCGCCAGAUAGUUCAGCAGUCCCGGCAUCUACUUCAGCAUAUAUGAUUGAAGAAGAGCUAAGGGAACAGCUAAGAAAGAAACAAGAAGCUCUGAAGCGUUUUCAGAGACAAGUCAAAUGCCGAGUAAAUCAGCAAAUUAGGCUGAGAAAAAAGCAACAACUUCAGAGGUCUUGUGAAGCCGUAAGUUCAAAAGCAGAAAAAGAAGGCUCUAUAGCCAUGCACUCUUCAGAUCCAGCAAACUUAACUCUUAAAAGAACGAGUGUUUUUCCAAACCAUUUGAAUGCUGCUAUUGGAAGUGCUAGGUUACCUCCUUCCCGGAAGCUUGAGGAUGGAAUAGAAGAUAGAGAGAAUCAGAAUGAACUAUUCCAACAACAAGCCCAGGCUCUUAGUCAAACCAUGAAAGAAGCACGUCAACGGCUGGCAUCAUUUAAAACUGUGAAUAAAAAAAAUGCAUCGGUGUUUCCAGAUGAUCGAAAGAAAAACUUUCCCACCCAAGAGGAACCUGACACUGAGGAAUCUUCAUCUAUUAUGAUAGAUAAGAAAGGGAAAAAGAAUUUGUCUUGGGGGGACCAGCAGGAUCUCCUUUUUGAAGACAAGGAUAUACCUUUCAGCACAGUUCAGAAAGUACAAUUCAAAAAUCCAUUAUUUGCUGUGAUGGAAGAGGAAGAGGUAAGGCAGUUACACCAGGAUGUUCUGCCAGAAGCCCAGGAUUAUCUUCCAGAAGCCCCAGGUGACCUGCUGCAAACCCAGGGUGAUUUGACAGGCGUCUGCAGUGUUGAGCUGGAAGCCCAGAGUGUUGAGCUGAGGCUCGGUACCCAGGAUAUCAAGCUGGAAGGCCAAGCUGUUGAGCCCAAAGCCCAGGCUGUUAAGACCAAAACUCAGAGUGUUAUGCUGAAAGAUCAGAGUGUUGAACUAGAAGAUGGGAAUAUUGUUUUGGAAGUCCAAGAUUUUCUACUCCAAAACCAGGCUUUUCUACCCACAGACCAGCAUAUUCUUCCCAAAGACCAGAAUGUUCUACCCAAAUGCCAGGACCAGGAUUUUCUACCCACAGACCAGCAUGUUCUUCUCAAAGACCAGAAUGUUCAACCCAAGUGCCAGGACCAGGAUUUUCUACCCAGAGAUCAGAAAGCAAAUUUGAAGCCGCCAGCAUCAGUUUUGAUAGGUAGGAGUCGGGAAGAGGUGCUUCCUCUGGAUGUCCAUCAAGAUCUUCUACACAGGCAUCAAGAUCAGGCAUUCAUCAACGGCAAGAAGGUACGCUUCAAGGAGUCAUAUUGUGAUAUGACAAAUGAGAAAGGGAGAGAAGACUUUUCUCUGGCAGGUUAUCAGUAUCUGCCUCCUAAACUUCAGGACCAGGCCUUCAUCAGAGAUCAGAACAAGUGUAUCAAGCAGCCCUCAUCUUUUGAGAAAUGGGAGGUUGAAAGACGAGUUGCUUCUGAAGUGCCAUCGCACAGGAACUGUGGGCAGGCCUCACAUAAUAUGACAGAUGAGAGAUGGAGAAAGGAGUUAUUUCUGGAGCACCAUGAAUAUGUUUUACAUGAAAUCCAGGAUCCAGGCUCCACCAGAGAGCAGAGCUUACGCUUCAUACGGCAACCAUCUGCUGGAACAGCUGAAAGAUGGCAAGCAGGUUUGCUUCCGGCUGGCCGUCAGCAUCUUCCACCCAAGCACCAGAGAGAGGCUCCCAGCAGCAGACAGGUUGGUGGUGAAUAUCAAUCAGGAUUGAACACUGAAUUCCAGACUCCACUGGCACUUCAGUCAGGAGUAAGUCAAGAGGAAGACAAGAAAGAGCGUCAAAAGCAGUACCUGAGAUAUAGACGACUUUUCAUGGAUAUUGAAAGAGAACAAGUGAAAGAACAACAGAGGCAAAAAGAACAAAGGAAGAAAAUUGAAAAAAUUAAGAAAAAGAAAGAGCAGCAACGUUAUGCUGAAGAGCAGAGGAUAUUAAGAAUGAACUUUCAUGAAGAGCCAUAUUCAGGGGAGAAGAUGAGUGAGAUACUAGCCCAGCUACAACUUGAGGAAGGAGCCAGAGAAAAACAACAGAAAGAAAAGGAACACCAAAGAUAUGUAGAAGCUUUAAGAGCCCAGAUCCAGGAGAAAAUGCAGCUGUAUAAUAUUACUUUACCUGCACUAUGCUGCUGUGGUCCUGAUUUUUGGGAUGCUCAUCCUGAUACCUGUGCCAACAAUUGUAUUUUCUAUAAAAACCACAAAGCAUAUACCCGGGCACUAUAUUCAGUCAUCAAUUCCUGUGAUAUCCCUGAAGGGAACUCAACUCUUCGAGUCGCCAUUCAUAAUUUUGCUUCUGCACACAGACGGACUUUGAAAAAUCUGUAAUAAGAAUCUGAAAUCAACUUAGUAUUUCAACCUUCAUUUAAAGUCAACCCUGAGAGAUUAUUUACAAAAAGCUGUUAAAGUUUAUAAGAUGUGUAAUCUGAAAAGAAAGACUGUUCCACAUAAUAACAGCUAUCACUAUAAUUAGAUCAUGACCAUUGUUUCACUCUGUGCUUGGCACCAAGGUUGAAAGUUGGCUUCCAAACUUGUCUCUUUGCUGUAAACCACAUGGACCACGUUGCUUUAAAAAUGAUCAGUCAGACUGGUAAGGUUUCUCUCACUUUGCUCUGCUCUGAUCAGAAGAGAUUAUUAGAAAUCUUUGAGAUUAUCUCAUUUAUUGUCUUUCUAUAUCUGUACUUUGAGUCUUGACAAAAUUGAAAAUGUCUGGAUGAAGCAAAAGAGGGGAUGAUGAAAUGAGUUUCUGAGCCUCAGUGGCCAUCUGUUUUGCUGUUAACUUUUCUAGUUGUAUAUAACAAUUAGAGAUGAGAACAAUCUGAA